CCCCUCAUUCUCCGCCGCGAUAUCCACAACCACCAUCGGCCAUCCGGUGAUCCCCAUUUUGCGGUCGAUUAUGCCUUCUUAUCGUUCAACACCACACCGGAUGCACAUUAUCGUUCAACACCCGUUCCAUGGCUGAUUCUCUGUUUCUUGUUGUAUGAUGCAGAUAUGAGAUCUGGUUUGAAUUGAAGCAUAUAGAAUAGAUCUGGGAUUUGGGAUUUUGUAUGGUGGUGCAGCAAAAGUGGUUUUUGGUUUUUAGGAGUUUUAGAGUGGAUUGAUAGACGGCGAUGGUAGCUGAGAAGGAUUCGGAUUCGGUUGAGAUUCGGGAAGUGUGGGAUUAUAAUCUGGAGCAGGAGUUUGCCCUGAUCCGGGAAGUUGUUGAUGAGUAUUCGUACAUCGCCAUGGACACGGAGUUCCCCGGCGUGGUUAUCCGCCCGGUGGGCAACUUCAAUAACAGCUGCGACUACCAUUACCAGACGCUCAAAGACAACGUGGACAUGCUGAAGCUCAUCCAGCUAGGGCUCACCUUCUCCGAUGAGGAAGGGAACCUGCCCAACGGCGGGGGGACCCACACCCAAAACAUUUGGCAGUUCAACUUCCGAGAGUUCAACCCCAACAAAGGAUGUCUCGCCAACGAUUCCAUAGAGCUCUUGCGCCACAGUGGUAUCGAUUUCCAGAAGAGCAUCAAGAAAGGGAUCGACGCCAGGCGAUUUGGCGAGCUGCUGAUGCCAUCUGGUGUGGUGUUGAACGAUAAUGUGCUUGGGUAAUGAUCUGUUGAAAUUCCUUUAUUACCCUUGACUUUAACAGACUUUAGACCCCAAACCUAACAGAGGACCAUACUGGUUAAUAUUUACAAAGUCAAGGACCUUAUUGGGUAAAAAAAAUAGUUGAGGACC